AUUUUGAACGACCGAGGAAUUAUCAUGGACGCCCUGAAGGCAUGCGACGAGUUCAACGCGAGGGCGAAGGCAUGUUAUGGCGUGUGGUUCGACCGGCUGCUCGCAGGUCACUUUGAACAGGCAGACUGCGUCCAAGAGUCAGACGACUACAAGCAGUGCAUCCUCGAAGCCAUCGAGCGAGGCAAGUCCUCGUCCUCCCCAACAUCUGCACCGUCAACACCUUCGCAUCCGAAAGCUCCAUAGCCAACCCAGACAUCCCCUUAACUCUCACACACAAAAUAACAGAAUAUUCUUGCUAUA